AUGCCAGUCGGUGAUAUGCAGUAUCCUCAUCCAUCAGUAGGAUCUCGAGUACCUGGUCCAGGAAUUGAUCUACAACCGCUGGUUUUAACCGCUUGCCCUGUUGUUACAGGGGGGCGUCAUAUGGUUAAAGUUACCAUUGUAUUUAACAGCAAGGAGGAUACGAUACGUGUGAAUGAUAGAAUCUUACGGAAGAUUGAGUCUCCGAAAGCACCACAUCUUUCGGCCGCAGUUUCUCGUUUAAAUCGCCGAAUAUUAGUGAUUCUUAACCCAUUCAGCGGGAAGAAAUGCGCGCCAAAACUGUGGGAAACGUACGUGGCUCCGAUUUUUCGAACAUCUCACAUUGAUUACGAUUUUAUCAAGACAGACUACGAAAGACAUGCUGUUGAAAUUGCGAAAAAUGUUAAGCUCGACAAAUACGACGGUAUAGCUGUUAUCAGCGGGGAUGGAUUGAUCCUGGAAGUGAUAUCGGGCUUUUUGAUGAGAGCGGACCGAGAACGUGCCCUUAAAAUGCCGUUGGCACAUAUUCCUGGUGGCACUAGCAACGGGCUUGCAGCUAGCAUAUGCUUCCAGUGCAACGAGCCGUUUUCGGCACGAAAUGUGUUCUGCACCGAAAUGGCAUUAAUGGUUGUUCGGCCACGUUAUCUACCUCUGCGUAUUAACCAUGUACAAACGGAGCUUGAUGGCGACAAGCCGAUGUUCAUGUCCAUAACUUGGGGGCUCAUCGCAGAUAUUGGCUCGUUUUAUUGAAA